CGUUGUCAAAAUAUAUUUGACAAAAGAUGAAAAUGUACCGCAGAUUUAAUGCCUCGUUUUGUCCGUGAAACUUGUUGUAUGUCUUAAAAUUGGUUCAAGUUACACUUAUUCGAAAUGUUAAUGAAUACGGCUUAUGUGUUCUUUAUUUACUUUCUAUCCUCAAUUAUUGUAAUUAUUGCCGGUCGGGAUUUUUAUCAAAUACUCGGUGUAUCACGUUCAGCAAGUACCAAUGAAAUUAAAAAAGCUUACAGAAAAUUAGCCAAAGCUUUACAUCCAGACAAAAAUCAAGAUGAUCCGGACGCUUCCCAGAAAUUUCAAGACCUUGGAGCUGCUUACGAAGCUUUAUCGGACCCCGAAAAAAGGGAAAUGUAUGAUAGGUGUGGGGAGGAAUGUCUCAAAAAAGAUGGUAUGAUGAACAAUAAUGAUCCUUUUGCGAGUUUCUUUGGAGAUUUUGGUUUUCACUUCGGCGGUGAACCACAGCAACAUGAAACUCCAAGAGGAGCUGAUAUCAUUAUGGAACUUAUGGUAUCAUUGGAAGAACUGUACAAUGGAAACUUCAUAGAAAUAACCCGUAACAAGCCUGUAAUUAAACCAGCAUCUGGUACAAGGAAAUGUAAUUGUCGUCAAGAGAUGGUGACUAGAAAUCUUGGACCUGGCCGCUUCCAAAUGAUGCAACAAACUGUUUGUGAUGAAUGUCCAAAUGUCAAACUAGUCAAUGAAGAAAGGCUUCUAGAAAUAGAGGUUGAAGUUGGUGCUCCCGACAAUCACAAGUCAAGAUUGAGGGGAGAGGGUGAGCCACACAUGGAUGGAGACCCAGGUGAUCUGGUCAUUGUGUUCAAAACAGAAAGGCAUCCUCAAUUCACACGGAAGGGUGAUGAUCUCUACACAAAUGUAACAAUAUCAUUACAGGAUGCUUUAGCUGGAUUUACUUUAGAACUGGUGCAUUUAGAUGGACACAAAGUUACCAUUUCGCGUGAUAAGGUGACAUGGUCCGGUGCUCGUGUGCGUAAGAAGGGUGAGGGUAUGCCUAACUUUGAGAACAACAAUCUACAUGGAAACCUAUAUGUUACGUUUGACAUUGAAUUUCCAAAGAAAGAUUUUAGUGAUGAAGAGAAAGAAGCUCUGAAGAAAAUUUUGCAACAAUCACCAAACAAUAAAGUGUAUAAUGGACUGUAGUAAUUUACUGCCAAUAUAAUUUAUUAAGUAGUGAAAUGUGUGUGUCGGUAUGAACAAAGAUAACUUGAAAAUAUGAGUCUGCGUCGCUUGGGAGAUGUGCUGUUUUAUGAAAUAAAACAUUUUAUUUAACA